AUGAAGAUUUUGGACGAAUGGGAAACAGUGUUCGCCUCCGAGACGGAUUUCUUAUCACCACAGAUGGUCGACAAGCACGAUCGAGCUUUGCUUUGCAUGAACAGCAUCGGCACUAUGAUCGAAACGAAUCUGCCUGGCCAGUCUGCUGAGCAUCAAGGCCUGUUGCUGAUCGAGAUGUGCAAGUUCAUCGUUCCGUUGUUGCCGCCAAAUGAUAAUUCCCGAGUCUACCCAGUCUAUCCUUGGCUGCUCACGAAGGGGCCCGACUCGAAAGAAAUGCAGGAGGUGGAUAUGAAACUUUUCACAGCGGUUGCCGGUGCUCCCUUUGUUUCCAAGCUGGGGCAGAAGCAGGCUCCAGACACAAAGCCCAGCAAAGUGAAGCCAGCCCUGCUCGACGAUGAGCCGGAAAAGAAGCAAGCCAAGGGCAAGGCAAAGAGCAAAGCAAAGGCAAAGUCAGGCAAGAGGAAAGCACAGGGCGAGGAUGACAUGCUGGAAUCCAGCACAACCCUUCAAGGGCCUGUCGAGUUUGAAGAAGGCACACGUCCACGGCGAUGGCUAGACGAUCUCCUUGGAGCAUUGAUCACGGCGAACUAUGGGAAGCCACUAACUUACCCAUGGAACAGUCCCGCCGGCCAGUUGACUCGGAUGCUGAUAAGUUAUGCCCUCGAAUUCGCUUUGACGGGCAAGCUCGAGCUGAACAACAAGAUCUUCAAGGACUGGUCCAAGGCGGCAUCCACUGCAUCCAGCAUUAUUCAUGUCAGCUUGAUGAGAGCCGUCAUCAAGAAGUCCCGUGAUUCCGCUACCUCACCCGCCACAUCUACCUCUGCAGACGAUUCCAUGGUGGGCCAUUUGUUUACUCGUGUUUCCGAAGAGAAGGCUGCAUUGGAGAACCAGACUGCAGAGACAGGCAGCGAAGAAGAUGUCAGCGACAUCAGAGCAUGGGUCCGUUUUGUGUUGUGUUCUUGCAAAGUGACUGUCGAGGAUGCCGGUGUCUUUCUUAGCAAGAACACAGGCCCAAUUGAAUCCCACCCUGCCUUCCGCCGCUUUCGUGCAAUCUUGAAAGAUGUGACCUGUACCUGCAAUGCCAGUUCCGCCGAUCCCUGUAGCUUUCAUGAUGAGUCGGAACACAGCAUCCAAGACUUGGUUUGGGGUGUCACCGAGUGUUUGAGGGCUGAGGCUGGCGAGGAGUCCGUGCCUUCCUCGGUACUUCGGGUUGGCCUGGCAGCACUUGGUGCUGUUGCCAUUCAUGCAUCCGCGAAGCCCGACGAGAAGGUGCAAACACCGGCAGAGGUAGUGGGUAAGCAUGCAAGGUUUGUGUUGAUUGAGAAUGAGCAUGGCGAGUUCAUUUUCAACGAGCAAGCGAUCGAGGGCAUGAUUGUUUGCCGAGCACUUUACAUGCUGUUGGCUUUGAGGCAGAUAAUUGAGAAGCCAUUGGAACCUCAGGCCUUCGUCACUGUAUCGGACGUGCAGUGUUUGCCUGCCUUUGCUUCCCUCCUCGAUUACUUGUUGAGCAAAGACGGCAAGUCGUAUGUCAUGGAAGUCGAAAGCCGCUGCCAUUUCGCCCAGAAUUCUCACAAGGCCAAGGGAUCCUCUAAAUCCGCUGACGAUGCGAGUCCGGGCUCUGGGCCUGUUUCGUUAUGGUGCUCGACUUGGUCGAAGAUUCUGUUCGAUGCUCUGCGGGCCCAGGCGAAGAAUUGCGGUCGAAGCCGUCAGGGUGAUGCCGGAGCCGAGCAGCCAGAAGCCAAACGUGCCAAGACUCAGACAACAAAGCUUGGAAAAGACCACAAGGGCACCGAAGAAAAACAGAUUGAGCCUCCUGCUGAUCCAAAAACGUGGGGGAAUUUUUUGCCAAGCCCAACGAAGCUGUUUUCCACGAAGUCGCUGGCAGACAGUUUCUUGAACAAAGGCACGACUCCGACCACGACAAGUGCUGGUACUGGUACUGGUAGCCAUGAAGCAGAAACCGCAGAAGCCGUGAAAGAAGAGGCAGCAUCAGCAUCAGCAGCAGCACAUCCCCAGGCUUCGGCAUCGACUCAGCCAGUUGAGCUAUUGAAUAAAACUCCGACGCUGGCUAGCAUCUACAACAUGCACAACCUUCCAAGUGUCAAGUCCUUGAAUGUGCUGGAUGUGUUGGCUAUCGGACAGCAUGUGCAAACACACAUGUUGCAGAAGUCUGCGAGACUCGGUGCCAUGUUGUUCUUUCAUGUGUUGUUUUAA